UCAAACAAGAUCAUCUUUUUUAUAGAGAGAGAGUAUGAAACUAGUACAAAGCCAAUCUUCUGGCUAGAUGAACUAGCAGGAAGGCAAAAUAUCAGCUUAAUGAUGGGUAAGAAAUCGAAGGUGGAGCUUCCAGAAGGCUGGAUCGAAAGCAUCAAUGCCAGCCACGGCCGUAAGGUCAAGAUUUACACAAAUGUGGAAACCGGUAAGAAGUUCUAUGCCAAGACAGAAGUUAUGCGCUAUAUUAACAGGAACAACAUUACACAAGAGAGUCCUCAACAACCGGCUCAAUGGAGCUCUCCUCAACAGCCAACUCCUCUACAACAGGUUCAGUGGAGCCCUCCUCAACAGCCAACUCCUCUACAGCCAACUCCACUACAACAGGUUCGGUGGAGCACUCCGCCACAGACAAGUCAGCAAGAGAGGGUGACCACAGAAGAUGAAGCUAAUAACGGAACAUUGCCAACAAAUGAAAUGCUGGACGGGUUGCCUUCUGGAUGGAGAAUCGAGGUCAAAUCUUGUAAGAGUGGUGCACAUAAAGGGAGAGAGUACAAGUCAUACGUUGAUCCAUCAACUGGUCGGAAAUUCUAUUCAAAGCCGGAAGUGUUGCAGUAUCUCAAAAGUGUAGAACAUGGGGACAUGACAUUCAACAGAAAGAAAAGAAAACGUGGUCCUAAAAAUAGCUCUCCAGGCAAACCAAACGAACCAGUAGAUGACUCACCUAGCAAACAGAAGCCAGAUGAUUCAAUUAGCAAAGAAAUGAACACCGCAGAUGCUACUCCUUCUGAAUUGACUGAGAGGACAGAUGCUUCUCUUGACAAUGAAAAUCGAACUCCUGGAUGGCUGCCUUCUGGAUGGAAAAUAGAGUUGAAGACUAAAAAGAAGGGUAACAAAUACAAGUGCUUUAUUGAUCCAACAACAGGGUUCAAAUUCUAUUCUAAGCCAGAAGUUUUGAUGUUUUUAAAUGGGGGAGAGCGUGUUGCGUGGUCAAGGAAAAAGAAUUUUUUCUCUCAUCGAAAACCAACAAAAAAGUUUGAUGUUAAUCAAGUUUCCAGGGACAAUUUUGCUGAGGAACUUAAGGGUACCCCUAGUCGGGAAACAACAAAUUCAAAGAGAUUGUCCACUAAACAGAAGCAAAAAACUUUUAACAAAGACUUGGGGAAACAUGUUACUAUUGAGCGGAGCACACCUGAUAAGCUUCCUUCAGGUUGGAUAAAGGAGAUCAAGAUUCAAACGGAAGGAAACAACAUCAGAAAAGAUCCGUUCUACACAGAUCCUGUAAGUGGAUAUGUAUUUCGUUCUCAAACUGACGCGCUUCGCUAUCUGGAAACUGGAGACAUCAAUGCAUGUGCAAUCAGACCAAAGAAAAGGGAUGAGUUGGAUUGGCUAAGUGGAGAUAUCAAUUGUCAUGUUAAUCAAGUGACCGGGGACAAGUCUGCUGAAGAACUUAAGAGCCUCCCUUGUCUGGAAACAACAAAUUCGGAGAGCUUGGCACAGAAGCAAGAAACUUUUGUCAAGAAAUUGGGGAGAAAUAUUGUUAUUGAGCGGGGCACACCUGAUAAGCUUCCUUCAGGUUGGAUAAAGGAGAUCAAGGUUCAAAUGAAAGGAAGCAAUAUCAGAAAAGACCCGUACUACACAGAUCCUGUAAGUGGAUAUGUAUUUCGUUCUCAAACUGAUGCGCUGCGCUAUCUGGAAACUGGAGACAUCAAUAUAUGUGCAAUCAGACCAAAGAAAAGGGAUGAAUUGGAUUGGCUAAAUGGAGAUAUCAAUUCUUCAACGGCAGCUGGUAGUCAGAAAUCGCAGGAUGAAGAUACUAAGAGAAAGCUUUUCGAAGGUAAACAAACUUCAAUCUCAGGUAGUUUGGAAACAAAGAGUACCAAGCGAUCCACAAGACAAAGCCUGCUCAGAUCCUCUGAAAACAAUGAGAAGGAAACUCCUGAAGGCAAUUUGGAAGAGGAGAGGCCUAAAAAUGACCCACACCCAAAAUCUAUGGCCUCAGGGAUAACAGAAGCCAAGACUGAACUGCCGGCAGUGGAUGGGAAUCAAAGGAGAGGCAGAAAGAAAGCUUAUACUGGUACUAUGAAAAGAAAAACAAAUUUGCCUUGUCGUUCUUCAAAACGACUCUCGGCCUCCAAAACAGGAACAAUUGAGGAGGAGCCGGUUCAAACAGAACCUGAAACUAAUAGUGUGAAACCAUCUCUGGCUGAGACACUGAAUGAGGCAUUGGGAAUUGAAGAGGAGGAUGUAGUGGAAGAAGCUGCUGUUGAAAAUAAUCCUAAUCCUUAUCCAAGUCCAAAUGUACCAAUAAAAGAAACUUACAACAAAAGGGUGGAGAACAACAACAACAACCAGGAGCAGCAACAGAAGCAGCAGCAGCAGCAGCAGCAGCAGCAGCAGCAGCAGCAGCAGCAGCAGCAACAGCAGCAACAGCAGCAACAGAAGCAACAGCAGCAACAGAAGCAACAGCAACAGCAGCAACAGCAGCAGCAGCAGCAACAACAGGAGCAGCAGCAGCAGCAGCAAGAGGUGGACCUCUAUCAUCAAUUAGGAGGAUCAUCAUCAAUAUCAAUAUCAUCAUCCUGGCCUGAGAUGACUAAGGAACCAACUUGGCUAAUGAAUCCUCCCCCACUAGAUUUCUCAUUCAAGACUACUCUGGGAAGCAACGCCGACGAACAAGGCCCCGUUGUUCAGGAUUACUUCCAACAAGAAGCUGAUGCUGCAAAUAAGAAAGUGGACUUGGGUGCGCCAGGUUUUACUUCGUUCAACUUUUUUCAAGGAAAUGCUGCUGCCCCCGCCCCCUACAACUUUCUUCAGACCAGUCCGUCCAUUAGUAUCAGUAGCCAAUCACCACCUGCAAAUCCAUUGUUCUACUCUGGAAUUAUGCCACCACCUCAUCAGUCACCCCAAAAUCUUAUGUUCCCUCCUGCUAGUAACAACACUCAAAACCAUCAGUCCCCUUCACAUCCCAUGUACCCACAUGGCGGUUUUGGUUUCGGUUUCCAGUAGCGUUGGUUGGUUGUCUAAGGUAAACUCCAUCCGAGUGUGUGUUUCUAUUUAUCUAGUUUACUUUAAUGUUUAUAAUAAUAUUAAUGUAGUAGUAGUAGUCCUAGGUAAAAAUGCUGGAAAACCCUAGUCCUCCUUACCUGUUUGUCUCCUUCUGACUAUUGUUGUAGCCACCUUAGUCUCUGUUCUGUAUGUUUUAUGUAAUAUGUAUGGAUGCUCCCGUCUUUCUUUAUUUCAUUGUCUAAGGAUUAUGUCUAUUGGAAUAUUCAAAGGCUUAUGUUAUGGAAGUUGGUAC